GUGCUCUGCAGAGGCACACACACACACACACACACACACAUGCGCACACACGUCUCUGACUGAUGGACACCCCAGCCAAAGUGUGACCUUUGGAUGCAAGAAAAGUCACCUCCAAACUUCUCGAGCGCAGAGACCAUGAUGAUGAAAGCCUUUGCGAGACACGGAGAGGGCGAGGAGGACGUCAGCCCCGUGCAGUGGAUGGACGGCGACAUGAGCUCGCCGGAUGGAAAUGCACCUUUGACCUCGCGCCGCUACAGGACGAGCGGCACCAACCAGCAACCCAGGGAGGAGGGCAGCGAGGAGGCCGAGGAAGACGAGGAGGAAGAAGAGGGAGGCCAGGAAGAUGAAAAUGAAUCCAAACAAUGCGGCCCCAAGAGGAAGCGUGUGACCAAAGCCAGGCAGGAGCGCUUUCGUGCCCGGCGCAUUAAAGCCAACGCCAGGGAGCGCUCACGCAUGCACGGCCUAAACGAUGCUCUGGAGAACCUGCGCAGCAUCAUGCCUUGCCACUCAAAAACACAAAAACUCUCCAAAAUUGAGACGCUGCGGCUGGCCCGUAACUACAUCUGCGCUCUCUCCGCCGCCCUGGAGGGGGGGCUGUCCAUGGAGAGCAGGGCUUUCAUGGAAACCCUGUGCAAGGGCCUGUCCCAGCCUACCACCAACCUCGUGGCGGGCUGCCUUCAACUGGGCCCGGCGCCAGCUGUUGGUGGGAGGCCUGAUGACAGAGUCCGGCCGCCCCCCGUCCCUCUGGGCGGCAUAGCCAACUACUCCUCCCCGGGCCUGCCAAGUCCACCCUACGGCAGCUUUGACUCCGCUCACCUGCUCCACCUGAGGGCCAUGAAAGGAGGGGGUUACGAGAGCCACUCGCCAAAUGAGUACACCACAGGCGGUGUGGGCACCCCACCCUACGAGGCGCCCCCUACACCACCUCUGAGCAUCAGCAGCAACCUGGUCAGCAAACAGGAGCCGUCGCCUCACUACUUACCGCCGUCCCACUACUCCCCGUCCCCUGUGGACCACGGCCUGUACCAGCCUCAGAGCGCCUAUGGCGUGCAGGCCUCAUAUGACUCCUACCAUCCACCGCACAUCACCCCCCGACAGAUAACCCCCGUCUACAGGGACUGAGAGAGUGGUAGGGUAAUACUUGUUGUGGUGCACAAUAGACUAGCUGAUGUGUCAAGUUGCACACUGACUUGACGGCAGCUCUAUUUGUCUCAAACCAAUGACCAAAUGGAUCCGCGUGGGACGGAUGCCCGCAAUGUCCCAUUAAUGUCCAAGCACUUCUUGUCUAGCUCAUCUAGGAACUGCAGAUAUUCUACACAAAUGAAAAGUAUCUUUUAUUUAUUGUCUAAUUUAUCAUGUACAUGUCUUUCUUUGGUGUUUGUGCUCUCUCUUGUCGACAGUUUUUCUUUUGUGCGUAGGUUUCUUUGUCGUGUAUUUUUAAGUCUGGAACACAUUACUCUCAGGUUAGGUAUUAAAAUGGAUGAAAUGGCCAUGAAACAUUUGCUUUGUAUUGUUUUUCUUUGGGGUAUCGACAUUAAA